AUGGAUUGUGUAGGGCAUUCUUCUGAAUCUGGGUCUGGAGUUUGUGUUGCUCAAUCCGUGGAAAAUGGAGGUUUUGGUGGAGAUGGGAGGUGCUCCAAGCAAGCUUCCUCUCCAAGGAGUGGUGGGUCUAGAAAUACCAGUCCAAUGGGGCGGGGCGGGGCGAGGAACACGAGCCCUUCGCGGCAGAAGGUUGUUAAAACCAAGCCAAGGGGUUUGGAUGAGGAAACUCUCGCCACAUUUGGUAAGGUAGUACAUGCUGAUGUUCAAAUGGAGGAUAAUAUAUGGGCAAUGUUGCCUGAGGACUUGUUGCAUGAGAUCUUAGCUAGGGUUCCCCCGUUUCUGAUUUUCCGGCUCCGAUUGGUUUGUAAACGGUGGAAUUCGCUGCUUCAGGAUAGUAGUUUCCUCAAAUUCCAUUCCAGUGUGCCAUCACAUGGACCGUGUCUCCUUACGUUUUGGAAGAAUACGCAGAUCCCGCAGUGUUCGGUUUUCUGCUUGCCAUUGAAAACUUGGUAUAGAAUACCUUUCACUUUUUUGCCACCAUGGGCAUUCUGGUUAGUUGGCUCCUCUGGUGGUCUUGUUUGCUUUUCUGGGCAUGAUGGGCUAAUGUUCAAGACCCUGGUGUGUAACCCCCUCACUCAAACUUGGAGAGCACUGCCUUGUAUGCAUUACAAUCAACAAAGGCAACUGAUAUUGGUUGUUGAUAGGGUGGAUCGGUCAUUUAAAGUGAUAGCCACAAGCGAUAUUUAUGGGGACAAGUCAUUGCCAACUGAAGUUUAUGACUCAAAGAUAGACAGUUGGACAAUUCACCAGAUUAUGCCAGCAGUUAAUCUCUGUUCUUCAAAAAUGGCAUAUUGUGACUCCAGAUUAUACUUGGAAACCCUUUCACCACUUGGUCUGAUGAUGUAUGGACUAGACACAGGUCACUGGGAACAUAUUCCGGCUAAGUUCCCUCGAUCUUUGUUGGAUGGUUAUUUGGUUGCUGGUACCCAGAAGCGUCUUUUUCUUGUUGGAAGGAUUGGCCUUUAUCGUACUCUACAGAGUAUGAGAAUUUGGGAAUUGGAUCAUACCAAAUUUACGUGGGUGGAGAUCGGUAGGAUGCCCCCAAAGUGUUUUCGUGCUUUAUUGAGAUUAUCAGCGGAGAGAUUUGAAUGCUUUGGGCAGGAUAAUUUAAUAUGCUUCACGUCUUGGAACCAAGGGAAGGGCCUUCUAUAUGAUGUGGAUAAAAAGAUCUGGUCAUGGAUUGGUGGCUGUGCUCUUCAGUCAUACAACAAUCAAGUUUGUUUCUAUGAGCCAAGGUUUGAUGCUUCUAUAUACUAA